AUAUCCAAGGGCUUCGUGUGUAGUUGGGAUUCGGCGUACAUGGAGAAAAAGUGGGUGACUGUGGGUGACACGUCCCUGAGGAUAUUUAAGUGGGUUCCUGUGACAGACAGCAAGGAGAAAGAAAAGUCAAAAUCGAACAGUUCAGCAGCCCGGGAACCUAAUGGCUUUCCCUCUGAUGCCUCAGCCAAUUCCUCUCUCCUUCUUGAAUUCCAGGAUGAAAACAGCAACCAGAGUUCUGUGUCUGAUGUCUAUCAACUCAAGGUGGACAGCAGCACCAACUCCAGCCCCAGCCCCCAGCAGAGCGAGUCCCUGAGCCCAGCACAUACCUCUGACUUCCGCACAGAUGACUCCCAGCCCCCCACUCUUGGCCAGGAGAUCCUCGAGGAGCCCUCCCUGCCUGCCUCCGAAGUGGCGGACGAGCCUCCCACCCUCACCAAGGAAGAACCGGUUCCGCUAGAGACGCAGGCUGCCGAGGAGGAGGAGGACGCGGGCGCCCCGCCCCUGAAGCGCUUCUGCGCGGACCAGCCUGCGGGGCCGCAGACGGCGUCCGAAAGCUAGCGCCCUCGGGCGCCCUCCGCCUCUAUUUAUUGCCUCCUGGUUCUGGCCUGCCGCGUUGCCGGGGCGAGGGCGCGCCUGGCCGCAAGGCCAUG